ACAUCACUGUCAAAUGUAGCCUAACAAAGUUGCCGUGAGCUCCACUGGCACUGACUAUAAUAGGAGCGCUGUUGAUCUAAUACGCUAGCGUUGCAACCGUGGUCGUGCUAUGCGUUUGACGGUUGAAACUUAAAUGCCUGACAGAUGAGAUGGCACAAGGCACAUCAUGGCAAAUUCAACUGGAAGCCCAGAGCUCCAGGGACUACAGCAGCCUGUUUUCCCUGAGUACACAGAACAUCCAAUGCCUGCCACCGUCCGGUCAAACCUGCCUGAGGAAAAGGGCCAAAACAAGAGAAAAGGGAAAAGGACAGGCAGCGGUGUCCCAAAGAGGAGCAAGAACAAUGACACCCAAAGAAAAGAUGGAUCGCUGGAUGACUGUGCGGAGGCAAAUAAUGAACGAAGCCCCCUUUCUGCACCCCCUCGCAUUUCUCUAAGAGACCUGAUGGAGGCUGAGACAAAGUUAGUGUUCGGUGACGAACAGGACAUUACCCACAAGUCCCUGGCCUGCACCGCCACACAAUUAAUGUGUCAAGCGGCUGAAAUAGGAGGGCCUCCGAGUGGACCUAAUCUCAGCUUUCUGCCUCAAAUUGACAAAUGGCUCGAUGUAGCUUUACAGGACGCCAACUCGUACUACCAACUGAAGAAAUAUGCCACUGCAGCCAGCCGUUUCACUGCUGCACUAGAGCUUUGUUCCAAAGGUGCUGUGUUUGAGAAACAUUUUAAUGCUGAUUACGAAGACAUUUGUAAAGUUGCCAGCUUCAUUGAGUCCAGGAUUGUUGCCUGCUAUCUCCAAAUGAAAACGCCAAACCCAGCAUUGUUACAUUCCUACAGGAGUAUCCAGCUAAACCCCAUUCGUUUUCAGAACUACCUUCAACAGGCUAUGGCGUAUCGACUGCUGGGAAACCCCUGUGAGGCAGCAAGGGGCGCCAUGAUUGCUGACUACAUUUACUGGCUGUCAGGAGGCAACAACCGGCACAUAAGCAAGCUCAUCAAACUGUAUUGGCAGGGGCUCCUGGAGGAGGCACUCACCAUGGAGGCGAAUUUCUCAGUCAUGUUCACUCCCUGGUUUGGAAAGCCGUCCUCAAACACUAUCGAGAAAGCAGAGGAGGCCUUCCGGAAGCUUCACCCAGCCUUCGCAGACUACAUUUUUACCGAUCCACGUGGAGGUCAUUUGUUACCCCAGACAACGGACUGGAGUCAGCCUUCAUCCAUACAGAGUUACUUCCUCACCCUUGGCUUCAGAAGGAGUAAGAAUGGAGACUUCCUGGGUAAACUGCUCCACAGGAGGUGUCCCACAUUCACAGGGCAAAGAUCUCCAUUCACCUCUCCCAGCUAUAGAGACCUGGAAAAGAUGUAUGAGAUGCAAGGAAAGAAGAUUCUGCCAGUUCUAGAUUUUAUUAAGUGCACCAAGCUAAGUGUGGACUUUUCCACAGGAUCUGGACUCAUAGAGAGACUUCAGUAUGCUAGUGUCCUGGGACAGCUGAAUAGGUUCAGAGAGCAUACACAUGUACUACAGUACACACUGGCUGAGCUGGCGGUCGCACCAUAUCUGCAGGACAUCAGUCCUUCUGACACACAGCUGCUGCUGGCUCUAAUGGCAGACACCAUGGACACCCUUGAAGGCAAGCGGUCUGAUCGAGAACGUGUGUGGAAUGCAAUAAAAAAGGUGGAAGCAGUGAAGGAUAUGAUUUAUCAUUUAGAGGAGACCUAUCUGAAGAAGAAGGCACUGAGAGCCACCAGACAGCAAAAGGCUAAAGAGAAGAAAGCCCUAAAAAAGACAUCCCUCAGGAGUCCCGCCGCACCACUCCAGGGCGAACCAAAAGCAGUGGCCGAUCCGCAGCCCAGUCAUCCAAUAAGUGAGCACCCUCUGCCACCCCACGAACACUUAUCUUCUGCCAAGAAGUAGGACACUCCAAAAGGCCAUUACUCCACCCUGACGGAAAUAAAUGGGCUUUGUGGGCGAACCAUCAUUCAGAUCCGUCUUUUCUCAAACCAUCCCACAUUCAUUUUACGACUCCCUCCUUGACACAAGAAAACCCCUUCCCCACAUGACUGUACCAUCUCCUGGAUAUCUACAUUGGGUUGGCAUGAAUAAAAGAGCAUAAGUAGCACUGAAAGGGGUCUGUUUCACUUAUGUAACCAUUCGUAUAGAAUAUGGAUGAAUCUCAUGAACACAUUCAUGGGCUAUUUCACCCCAAAUUCAAUAGGAAAAAAGAAAGAAAUUAC